CUGGGUUCGGCCGAGUCACACGAGCGCGCGCGCAGAGGGAGAGAACAGGAGGCACCGGAGCAGCGCGAGGCGGGAUGAUGGCCGGCGGUCCGUGCGCGCGCAAGUCGGCUCGGCGCUCGCGCUCGGCGCUGAUCGCUGCGCUCACCGUGCUGCUCGUGCAGACGCUCAUCGUGUGGAACUUCAGCAGCCUGGACUCCGGGGACUCCGGGGACGGCGGGGGCGCGGGGGGCGGGGAGAAGAGACACCGGCUCGGGGGGAACAAAGCGCUCGGCGGCUCCCCGGGAGUCCAGAGGAGGCAGCAGCGGCGGCAGCAGCAGCUCGGGAGAGCGACCCGCACACACACACUGCAGCCGGAUGUCUACUACUCACAUCGUCCCAAGGAGAAGGUCCGUGUGGACAGCAACAACGAGAACUCUGUGCCCAAAGACUUUGAGAGCAUCGACAACAGUAACUUCGCGGCACGUCUUCAGACACAGCGUCACGUCUCCAACAAGCGGCAACAGGAGACGCCCGAGAAGGCCAAGAGCUCCAACGAGCUCGUUCACUACGGCCUGAACCGCACAGGGGCGGGGCUCCGUCAUGACUCCGCUCUCACGCCGCUUCCUCCACUUCCACGGCAUCACAACCAACAGGUCAAGAGGUCGGGUGUUGCCACGCCUGAUAUCAAAUAUGACCAGCCACCCAAAUGUGAGAUCACAGGCAAGGAGGCCAUCUCAGCUCUGUCGCGCGCGAAAACCAAGGAGUGCAGACAGCAGAUUGCCGAGGUGUACUGUCGACACAAAGACAAGCAGCUCAUGCCUGAGAAAGUCACUCGCUACUGCCCCCUAGAGGGUAAGGCAAGCGUGAACGUGCACUGGGAGGAGGACUCCAUGGAGACGGUGCCGGCUGUACCUGUGCGUAUCGCCUUUGUGCUGGUGGUCCACGGCCGCGCCUCACGCCAAGUGCAGCGUCUCUUCAAGGCCAUUUACCACACAUCACACUUCUACUACAUCCACGUGGACCAGCGCUCAGACUACCUCCACAGGCAGAUAUUAGUGCUGGCUGAGCGCUAUCCGAACGUCCGUGUGACGACCUGGCGCAUGGCGACGAUCUGGGGUGGAGCCAGCCUUCUCAGCAUGUACCUGCAGAGCAUGAAGGACUUGCUGGCCAUGAGCUCUUGGCCCUGGGACUUCUUCAUCAACCUGAGCGCUGCCGACUACCCCAUCAGGACUAAUGAUCAGCUGGUGGCUUUCCUUUCCAAGUACCGCAACAUGAACUUCAUCAAGUCUCAUGGGAGAGAUAAUGCUCGAUUCAUCAGAAAGCAGGGCCUGGACCGGCUCUUCUUCGAGUGUGAUACACACAUGUGGCGUCUGGGGGACAGGAAGAUUCCAGAAGGCAUCGCUGUGGACGGAGGCUCUGACUGGUUCCUGCUGAACCGCGCCUUCGUGGAGUACGUCAUCAACUCCGAUGAUGACCUGGUGACCAGCAUGAAGCGCUUCUACGCUUACACUCUCUUGCCAGCCGAGUCGUUUUUCCACACGGUGCUGGAGAACAGUCCUCACUGUGAGAGCAUGGUGGACAACAACCUGCGUAUCACUAACUGGAACCGGAAACUGGGCUGUAAGUGCCAGUAUAAGCACAUCGUGGACUGGUGUGGCUGCUCUCCUAAUGACUUCAAACCCUCUGACCUGCCCCGCUUCCAGCAAACAGCUCGGCCCACGUUCUUUGCGCGCAAAUUUGAGGCCAGCGUGAAUCAGGAAAUCGUGAAUCAGCUGGAUACCUUCCUGUUUGGAAGUUACCCUCCUGUAACCCCGGGACUCAAAGCCUACUGGGAGAACAUUUAUGAUGAGCCUGAUGGUGUCCACAGCCUGAGUGAUGCCCUGCUCACCCACUACCAUGCCUUCGCCCGUCUCGGCCUGGCACGAGCUGCCAACUCCCUGCAAGGAGACACCAGCGACAACCGCUGUAGGUACUAUGCCAUGGGACAUCCUGUUGCUAUCCAUAUCUACUUCCUACUUGAUGAAUUCCAGGGUUACCUGGUGAAGCAUCACGCCACCAAUCUGGCUACGAGCAAGCUAGAAACUCUGGAGACCUGGGUGAUGCCUAAGAAGUUCUUCAAAUUCACCAACCCACCGAGCAACUUCAACAGGCUGCAGUUUGCCGAGAUUGGGACAGACUGGGAUGCGAAGGAGAGAAUCUUCCGCAAUUUUGGUAAUCUCAUGGGGCCUCUGGAUGAGCCGGUUGGGAUGCAGAAGUGGGCCAAAGGGUCCAAUGUGACCGUGACAGUGGUGUGGAUUGACCCCACUAACGUGAUCGCUGCCACCUACGACGUCUUGAUUGACGCCACUGCCGAGUUCACACACUACAGGCCUCCGCUGAACACACCACUGCGGCCCGGCAUGUGGACUGUCCGAGUGCUGCACCACUGGAACCCAGUGGCAGAGACGCGCUUCCUCGUCACGCCGCUUACACACCAUAAACACCUGCCCAUCCGCCAAGACGAUGCUUUGAAAGUGCACAAUGGUCCAGCCAAAAACAGCUAUAUGGAGCAGAGCUUCCACGGGCUGAACCCCAUCCUGAACAUCCCGGUGCGUUUGGGCCAGGUGGAGGAGGCGGAGCAUAAUGCUGGGCUGACGGGUAUGCGGUUGGAGCGCUGGGUGGACAGCCUGGUUGGUGAGGUGUGGGCAGCUGCGGACAUUUGCUCGAUGACGCCCUCUGGUUGUCCUGUCCUGCAAUCGUGCAGAGACACGGCAUGGAGCUCGCUCAGCCCCGAUCCCAAAUCACAGCUUGGGCCUCCCAAAGCUAAUGGCACCAUAAGGUAGCAGGAACGCUACCCCUGCCCUGCAUCUCCUGCUGCAUCGCCAUCAUUUUGCUGUUGAUAUUUUUUGUUAUUUAUUUCUUUUAACGUUGCUCAGAUGAAUUUGAGCUGUACAGCCCUUGUCGGGCGAGGGGUAAGACGGCGGACACUGAGGAAUUUUUUUUAAAGCGGAUCUUUAUGAAGUGCUGUUUCAGACUCAUCGUCAUAUGAGUGCAGUUGAGCUUUUUUUCUAUUUAUUUAGGUUUGAGAAUUGAAUAACUGAUCAAAAAUUUUGUUAAACUUGAUAAACAAAAAAAAUUUGAAAAUUAAGAUGCCUUUCGCAUGGACUUUGCUGGGGGCAUUUGUAAGCACAGAACGGACCUCAACAUAGGUACUGUGACCAAAAGGGAUGCAUUUAGGGUAUGCCUUUUUUUAUCUGUGACAACACAGGUGUAUACACACACACACACACACACACAGUAUCGGUGCAGAUGUAUCCAAGAAACGUUAAACUGCAACAUUAAAGGCGAUGAGAUGGGAGUCUCCAGCUGCUCACAGUCGGUAAGGCGCUUUGCCCCCAGCCACAGCAGUCCUUUGUGGGUUGGUCUAUAGGAGUGAACGUCGAGUUAAUUGCCAAGUAGAGUUGAGCUGGGCCACACUCCACAUUUCCACGAGUGCAGGAGCCUAAAGCAGAAUGUGUGUGGGAAGGUUCUUGGAACUGCCAGGCUGUCUGUCUCUAUCUGUCUGUCUCUAUCUGUCUGUCUCUCCUGGCUUUUUCAAACUCCUGACUCUACAGCUUGCCGUUGCCUGCAGGCUGCCUGACUUGAAAUGGAAAGUGUCAGCUGUGCUGGCACACAAAGGGAGAAAAAAAUAUAUAAAAUAAAAAUUAUUUUAUUCUUUUUACUUUAUUUUCCCUGAAGCGGAGGAUUUACUGUGUAGGGUAAGGGUACUGAGUUGGCUAUUUAUUCAUGUGUUUAUAUAAAUGAAAUAGCUAUUUUUUUAGUCAAUGACUAAUGUCUAUAUGCUGUUUUUUGCAGCUCAAAUCAAUACCUUUUUGUAAAAAGAAGCUGCCUUUAUUUACAAAGGCCAUCACCCCGACUUGACUAGAUUAAAAUAAACACGACACAGUAAGAUUGGCAUUAGUAUUAACGUUGCACCCUCCCUGACUUGACCCCACAGCAGACUGAUGAUCUCUUUGUACAACCCC